CUUCCGGUUGGGGGAAAGCAGCAUGGAGGCGCAGGAGUUGUUUCGGCGCUUGGGGGCCGGUGCUCGCUUCGAUGUGCGGCGGUUCGGGGAGGACGCCAAGCGAUUUGGGGUGAUAAAGGGCAGUGGCAGCAGCAUCUCGCUGGAGAGCCUCGACUUCUUUGGGCACAAGGAGGGAGCCCCCCUGGGAUCCGCUGAGGAGAGUGGGGAGCUCGUACAGGUAAAAGGUAAAGAGCAAGAGGACGGUGGAGCAGGGAGAAACGCUGGAGAGGCAGCAGGAAAGAGAAAAAGAACGGCAGAAAGCAGCAAAGGGAAAAGAAAAAUGAAAAAGACGCGAGCGUUAAUACCAGAGUUGUCAGAAAGUAAUGGAAUAAAGUGGAUGUCUUCUAUGGAAGCAAAAUUCGAGGAUGCAAAAGACAAAAAACCUACUGCGGAAAAACUUGAGCGCUUGAGAAGAGAAAAGAUAAACCGUUUUAGAAAUCGACACAAGAUUAGCGUUCAAGGAACCGACCUUCCUGACCCCAUUGCCACGUUUGAUCAGCUUCAAAAGGAAUACAAAAUCCACCCUAAAAUCAUGGAGAACGUUCAAGCUGCUGGCUUCCAGGUCCCAACGCCCAUCCAGAUGCAGGCUAUUCCCGUCAUGCUUCAUGGUCGGGAACUCCUAGCUUCAGCUCCUACUGGCUCUGGAAAAACACUGGCCUUUUGUAUUCCUCUCUUAGCACAUUUGAAGCAACCUCGUAACAAAGGAUUCAGAGCUCUAAUCAUAUCACCUACCCGAGAACUUGCUAGCCAGACCUAUCGGGAGCUGGUGAAGUUGUCUGAGGGGACAGGCUUCAGAAUACAUAUGAUCCACAAGGCAACUGAAGCAGCUAAGAAGUUUGGGACCAAGUCUUCUAAGAAAUUUGAUAUACUAGUUACUACUCCAAACAGACUCAUUUAUUUGCUGAAACAAGAUCCUCCAGCAAUAGACUUGACCAGUGUAGAGUGGCUGGUGGUGGAUGAGUCGGACAAACUGUUUGAAGAUGGGAAGUCGGGGUUCCGAGACCAGCUGGCCUCUAUCUUCCUGGCAUGCACGUCCCACUUGGUGAGAAGAGCCAUGUUCAGCGCAACCUUUGCACGCGAUGUGGAGGAGUGGUGUAAGCUCAACCUCGACAGCGUUGUUCUGGUGUCUGUUGGAGCAAGGAACUCUGCAGCGGAGACAGUAGAACAAGAACUAUUGUUUGUUGGAUCUGAGACAGGAAAACUAACGGCAAUGAGAGAGCUUGUUAAAAAGGGCUUUGCUCCUCCGGUCCUUGUUUUUGUGCAGUCUAUUGAGAGGGCUAAAGAGCUUUUCCAUGAACUUAUUUAUGAAGGCAUCAACGUGGAUGUCAUCCAUGCAGGCAAAACUCAGCAGCAGAGAGAUAAAGUAGUGCACAGUUUCAGAUCUGGGAAGAUCUGGGUGCUCAUCUGCUCAGCCUUAUUAGCGCGAGGGAUUGACUUCAAAGGAGUGAACAUGGUCAUUAAUUAUGAUUUGCCAACGAGUGCAGUGGAGUACAUCCACAGGAUAGGUCGUACUGGAAGAGCAGGGCACAGAGGAAAAGCAGUCACUUUCUUUACAGAAGAUGAUAAACCUUUAUUACGGAGCAUAGCCAAUGUUAUUCAGCGAGCUGGCUGUCCUGUGCCAGACUACAUAAAACACUUGCCCAAGCUGCAAAGCAAAGAAAAGAAGAGAUUAGUUAAGAAACCAUUGACAAGAGAAUCCAUUUGUACCACUCCUCAGUGCUUCUUAAAAAAAGGCAAAAGAAAAAUGAAAACUACAAAGGAGAAUAUUAAGGAGAAAAAGAAGGUUAAAGAAGAUAAAACCAGCAGUAAAUUACAGACUGUUUCAAAAAGCUGAACAGCAGCAGCCUACUCCUGAGCUGGUGCUAACACCUCUGUCCAUGCUGGAGAGCAGGAGAAUGAAGAUAACAACAAAGGAGAAGGUGGAGGAAUGUUUCUGAUGUUUCCUUCUGGGUGAGGAUUGGUGCUUACAUGCAAGAAAGUGUCUACUGAAGUACUCACGGAGAGUUCCUGAAUGCUUCUUAUAGAAGCUGAAGAGUGUGCUCUUGCAGCAAAUGCUGUGUGUUUCUGAACAAUGGUUUGAAAAUAGCAUCUGUUUGUGUUGCUAUCCAACAGUUCUGCACUACUUGGAAAUACCAUUGGUUCUGUGUUCAGAUCAUCUCAAAUAGGUUUGUCAGACUUCCAGAAGAUUCAGUGGCAGAAAACAAACAAAGCUUACUCUUAGGCUUGAUAAAUCCAUGUAUCAAAGACUUGUCUGGACACUUGAAAAACAGGCUAAUCCCACUGUUAUUGUAUGUGAAAGUAAAGCCUUGCUCCUCCUACCUUUUUAUUCUAUAAAAU